UGCAUGUGGGAAGAUGACGUCAUGUGCCUGACCAGCCACAGCCGGCAGACGGACAACCCUCUUGCAACACCCCUCCACGCAAGCGCAACUCUUUGAUCUUCACCAUCGCAAUGGCCGGCUGCCCCUACCUCGCCCUCAAACAAGGCUCUCCCGCAGACAUCAAGGCCCGCCCCGACAUCACCCCCGAACACCCCCUCACCCUCUACACCUCUCCCCUCUGCCCCUACGCCCACCGCAUCCACCUCGCCCUCCUCGAAUGUAACAUCGCCCACACCCUCAUCGGAAAAGUUCCUGUGAUGAAAGUCGGGGAUGGGGAAUGUGUCCUGAGGGAGAGUUUACUCAUUUUAGAGUUUUUGGCGGAUUUGGUUCCGGGUGUGGGGAUUUUGAGGGGGAGUGCGGUGGAGAGGGCUCAAGCGAGGUUGUUUGUCGAUGUUUUUGGGAAGGAGGUUAUCGCGCCGUACUACACCCUCUUCACCCACCCCUCCCGCGCACCCCAAAUCGCAACCCAAAUCCUCACCGCGCUCAAAACCAAGAUAUCCCCAUUAUUGGCGAAACACCUGAGUACGAGUUCGGGAAUCGGCAUCGGUCCCUUUUUUAAUGCGGCGAUGUACCCGACGUACGUCGAAUACGCCCUAACACCCUUUAUCCUCCGUCUCAAAGUCAUGGAAGCAAACAACCUCAUCGAGGGUCUCGUGAUUAAUUCCGAGACUGCUGGACACGAGUUCGCUGGUUGGUGUGCGGUUUUGAUGGGGAGGGAGGGAGUGAGAAAGAGUUUUGAGGUGAGGAGGGUUGUCGAACGGAUGGUGAAGAAACUCGAGGAGGGGAGGGCGAAGGAAGCUGAGGAGGGGGUUGCGCGGUGAGGAAGGAGACCAUUAGCGGGGUGAAUCAAAAACAAGAACAUUACCUAAACAGAUUCCUCGUCGCGAUUCGUACAUUUCAAGUACUCAAUUUCCAAGUCUGAGAGGCAACAAACAAAAACCACGGGGUCAAGAAGCUUCGGUGUAUGUAUGUAGCCUGAG